AUGGGAACUUGUUCUUCUAAAAAAGAGAAAAUUAUAAUAUAGCCAGCAAACAAAAAGUCAAUAUUUGAUGGGUUUUGUAUGGGUAGCAAGUAGUAACACAGGAAGUACCCCUAUUAAAAAGACAGUACUAACGAUGAAUCUGCUGACGAUGUUGCGGCUAUUGGAAGCAAAGCUGCUUAAAUUCAGAAUACAUAAAAUGAUCGUUUGCCUAUUCAUCUAACCUUUAAUUACCAAAUAAUUGAGACAACUAAGUUCUAAACAUAGCAUUUUCAUAAUAGUCCUUCCUUAGAGCAAAACACCUUUCAGAUUAAUAAACAAAGUAGUCUCAAGAAGACUCACGCCUAGAUUAUACUUAGCAAAUAUGAAUAUUACAGUGAUAUUAAUCCUCAUGACCCUAAUGCUCAUAUCCAGCUAAUGAUAAUAGAAAGGGAUAAGAGAUAGCAUCAUCAAAUUUUGUUGUAGCUACUAAGUUUUUUAAACUUGCAGGAAAUCAUUAAGAUCGGGCGGCUUAACAGGAAACUUUACAUUGUGAGUGGAGAUAUAUCCCUACUCAGGAAUUACACGAGACAGCAAAGUUAGUUCACAAAAGCUCAAAACAAGAAUAGUGAGAUGAUCACAAACAAAAUAAGAAGUAGUCUUGAAUAUUAGAGAAUGCUAAUAGAUUAGUAACUUUAUGACUCGCAGAACAAAAACUACAUUUAUUCUGUGACAGAUUAAAAUCCUCACAAUAUAACUAAUAACGUUGGUAAUCCUUAGUAGUUGAACAGCAGUGAGCCUGCUGCUUAAAAUUAAUAUAGUUAAUACGAUAUCAUACUAGAUAAGAACUGUCAAAAAGUUGAGUUAUAAAACCAAAUUUUUAUCAUUAAUAAUAGCAGCUAAAGCGGAAGUAAAAGCAGUGCAAAUAAGAAUUAAAGAAUGAAUCAAAACUCAAAUUUAUUGAUACAAGAUUUUGAAGAAUAUUAGUACGAGGAGGGUGAUUUUGAUAAUGUAUUCAUGAGAGUCAAGAAAUUAGAAUUUGAAGCCCAGAAGUCCCCUUAAAGCAAGAAUUCAAGCAAAAUAUUGAUAAGAACAGAUAAUGACUAAAUUUUUAAAAGACACUAGACAUAAGAUCCUGAAAGGAUAGAAGGCUCUAUAGGAUCCAAUUAUAUUCAUAAAGUUAGAAAUCUUAUUAUGUCCAAAUAAUCUCAGGAAUCCAUAAACUAAGUACACAAUUACGGUCAUGCAUACUUUAAUAGAAUAAAAUUAGAAAAAAUAAAAAACGAUUUGGGUUAUAAUGGGCAAACAAUGAGAGGUCCAGGUUCAAGCAGGUUCGGAAGUCAUGCACUAUAGUCGGUAGUAAAUAGCAGCUAGCUAAUGGACGAUGGAGGUGCUUCUCACCGGACUCCUUCUUUUAUCCACAAAAUGAGAGAUAGUUCAGCAAGAAUGAUGAUGAGCAAUAUCCUAAUGUCGAACAGAAAUUCUAACAUUAUUUUCGAGAGUCAAGAUAGUGAUCUAAUAUAUGGAGGUGGUGGAGGAGUUCUAGGUACAACUGCCUAGUUCCAAACUGGAAGCUAACCUGUAAUUCAUCAAAUUGAUUCUGCAUCGUAGUUCAAGAAAAAUAAUGGAAGUAAUUCCUCCAAGAACCAAACUUCAAAACCUAGUGGAUUUAAUAUGGUAACCGGAAAAGAAUUUGUAAACAUCAAAUUGGGCCAUAAUACUGUCUUACUGCUCUAGACUCCAGAUGGAACAACAGCAACUAUAAUGCCCAUCCAAUAAGAUAGUGCCUAAUAGAAUCAAAGUGAGACCUAGGAUCUUGAAAUUCCUACUUCAGAGAUCCAUUUGGGUUAGGAAACUGUGGAUACAUGA